AUGGCUGCUUCGGAGAUGGGUACGCGUGCUACGGGUGCCGAUCUCGAUGGUGCGGCUCUGCGACAACGCAAUGUAGCCCAGAGGUCGGCAGAUGGCGGGUCGGCAGGUGUAGUUGAGGUGGAUUUAAAGAAGACACAGGGCAAGAAGUCCGAGAAGGGGUUGCUGCAGUUCCUAGACGAGUGGGAGUUUAUCAUUGCACCUUUGAUAUUCACGGCUCUUGCUUUCUUUACAAGAAUGUACAAGAUUGGUCUAUCGCCCAUUGUGACUUGGGAUGAAGCCCAUUUUGGCAAAUUCGGCUCCCAUUAUCUCAAGCGUGAAUUCUACUUCGAUGUCCACCCGCCUCUCGGAAAAAUGCUUGUCGGCCUCUCAGGAUAUCUGGCAGGAUAUAACGGAUCUUUCGAAUUCAAGUCUGGGGAGAAAUACCCCGAGGAGCUCAACUACACCUUCAUGCGUGCAUUCAACUCCUUCUUUGGAGCUGUCUGUAUCCCUCUGGCCUACUUCACCGCUCGUGAACUGAACUUCCGGAGACCAGCUGUCUGGUUUGUUACCCUGAUGGUCCUCUGCGAGAAUUCGUACACCACCAUCAGUCGAUUCAUCCUCCUGGAUUCCAUGCUCCUGUGCUUCACAUUUACUACGGUGUUGUGCUGGGCAAGGUUCCAUCGCCUCCAAAAUAAGAGCUUUAGCGCUGAGUGGUUCACCUGGCUAGCUUUGACUGGCAUAAGCAUUGGAUGUGUCACAAGUGUAAAAUGGGUUGGGUUUUUCGUGACGGCCUUGGUCGGUCUUUACACCAUCGAGGAUCUGUGGAACAAGUUUGGCGAUACCAAGAUGCCCAAGCUCGAUCUCGGUGCCCACUUAGCUGCUCGAGUUAUUGGCCUGAUUAUUAUCCCCAUCAUUGUCUACAUGUUAUCCUUUGCGGCCCAUUUCGCCAUCUUGGAGAACAGCGGCCCAGGUGAUGCACAGAUGAGCUCCCUGUUCCAGGCGAAUCUCAGAGGUACCGAAGUAGGCAAAGACAGCCCGCUUGAGAUUGCGUACGGAUCCCGUGCUACGAUCAAGAAUAUGGGUUACGGAGGUGGCCUUUUGCACUCCCACGUUCAGACUUUCCCUGAAGGCUCCGGUCAGCAACAAAUCACAUGUUAUCAUCAUAAAGAUGCCAACAACGAAUGGUGGUUCUAUCCCAACCGCGACCAGCCAGAGUACAACCCCGAAAGCGAACCUAAAUUCGUCGCGGAUGGUGACGUUCUUCGAUUUAUCCACUCUCAGACUGGCCGCAACCUCCAUUCACAUGAGGUUUCUGCCCCUGUUACCAAGUCCCAGAAGGAGGUCUCCUGUUAUGGAAACACCACCAUUGGAGAUGAUAAGGAUCACUGGACUAUUGAAGUUGUGAAGGAUGUCGCUUCAAAUGACCGAAGCAAAAUUAGGACUUUAACCACUGCCUUCAGACUGAAACACACCUCCCUGGGCUGCUAUCUCCGUGCUGGCAAUGUCAAUCUGCCACAGUGGGGUUUCAAGCAGAUCGAAGUCACCUGUGACCCUGCCAACAACCCUAAAGAUGUCUACACCCACUGGAACGUGGAAGCCCACUGGAAUGAGAAGCUGCCUGCGGCCGACGCUGGAGCCUAUAAAUCUCCUUUCUUCCAGGAUUUCCUCCAUCUUAACGUUGCCAUGAUGACCUCGAACAAUGCUCUUGUCCCCGACCCAGACAAGCAAGAUGACCUUGCCUCGCAAUUCUGGCAAUGGCCCAUCCUCAAUGUCGGUCUCCGGAUGUGUGGCUGGGAUGACUCCAUCGUCAAGUACUUCCUCCUCGGAAACCCGCUCGUCUACUGGGGCUCCACAGCCUCCCUCGGCAUCGUCGCCCUCAUGGUAGCAUGGUACCUAGUCCGCUGGCAAAGAGGUUACGACGACCUCAAGCCCGCCGACAUCGACCAGAUCCAUUAUGCCGCUCUCUACCCCGUUAUCGGCUGGUUCCUCCACUAUCUCCCCUUCGUCGCCAUGGCACGUGUUACCUACGUCCAUCACUACUACCCUGCCCUGUACUUCGCCAUCCUCACAUUUGGCUUUGUCGCGGAUUGGAUGCUAAGGAAUCAAGCCAAGGCUGUGCAAUACGUUAUGUAUGGCAUCCUGUACGGCACAACCAUUGGCCUGUACGUUCUAUUCAUGCCAAUCUCCUGGGGCAUGGUAGGCCCAAACAAGCAGUUCAGCUACCUGAAAUGGUUCGACAACUGGCGGAUAUCGGAUUAA